AUGACCGAGCAGCGCCCGCCGCGGCCACUCUACUUCCCCCACUUCCACGAUCGCGCCGAGCCCGUCCCACCCCCGGCCGAUGGCGGCGGCCCUCGGACCCUCUUCGCAGUCAUGGGCGGGCAGCGGCAGCCCAUGCCGGCUGCCGCCGCGGCGCCCCGCUGGGCCGCGGGGCUGGCGCCCAUCGCCUACGAGCCGCUGCGCUUCUUCUGCCCGGCGGCGGCUGCGGAGGAGGGCGGGGGCGCGGCGCGGCGGCCCGGGGAGCAGCCGCAGCUGGAGGGCGAGAUCUGCGAGCUGGGAAUCCGCCUCAAGGAGCUGGAGCUGCUGGCGCUCGUCGGCGACGGCUUCGACGCCCAUCAGUAUAAACUUCUGAAGGCACUGAAAGAAGAAAAGAUACAAGGCAUGAAAGCAAAGCAGAAGCUGAAGAAAUAGCCACCAACGUGAUGAGGAUUAUUUCAGCUGGUUAUUCUGUCACUAUAUCACUAUAGAGUAUUUUAAUGGAUCUUUGAUAUUAUUUUUCUACUUAUUAUAUGCUAUUCUCCUACCAAAUUAAAA